AUGAAAGGUCGACGAGCAGCGAGCAAGCGUUCACCGAACGCACCUGGACGACCGACUGGUAAUGCCACCGGAAGCUAUCUGGCACCAAAGCUGCUUGAUAUGAUGCGUGCUGGUGGUGGUUCAGGCAACAAUCACCGGUCAAUCGACAGUUCAAGGAUCAUGAAAACCAUGAUUUGUGUUUGGCGAGGAAUCAUCGUUGGUGUUGUUGGUUGCCAUCCACUACUCAGACUGCUUUGA